CCACACCGUAUCCGCUGUGCUCAUCAACAAGCUGCAGGUGUCACUGGUCCCGCGGGCGUUAUUUGUGCCUGCUUCUCAGGAGAUAUUUAAAGCCCUCCAAUUCCCCAGGAAGAUCCUCAUCCCAUCGAGCUCAAGGUCGGACAAAGUGGGCAAAUUCUGUGCUAUUCAACAAGUUACCAUCACUCCACCCCAUAACAAGCACCGGAGAACGGAAACGCGCAGUUUGCAGGUCCUCGUUCAGGAUACUCUGGGAGUAGAAAUCUCGACACAGAACCAAUUGGCGAGAAUACAAGCCUGUACCGGCAGCUAUGGGGUCGUACGUGGAAAACACUGGCAAGAUGCUCAACAUCGCAGUGGCAGGCUUGGGACGGAUGGGCAAACGCCACGUCGCAACCCUCCUCGGUCGCAUCCCUCGUGCCCGAGUGGUCGCAGUCUGCAGUGCCGCUCCCCACGAGACUGAAUGGGCACGCGGGAACCAGGACUACGUCGAUUUCGGCAUCAAAGUCUACGACAGCUACGAGGACAUGUUGAACCACCAAGGCUUGCAAGCGGUGUGGAUCUCGACCAGCACCGACGUGCACGCCAGCCAGACGAUCAAGGCCGUGGAGAAGGGUCUGCACGUCCUAUGCGAGAAGCCAUUGAGCACGGAUCUAAACGAAGUCUCGGCCGCGAUCGCCGCCGCCAAAUCGCGCCCCGACCUGAAAGUGAUGGCCGGGUUCUCGCGGCGCUUCGACGCGUCGUACCGCGACGCCUACCAAAAGGUCAAAUCUAACGCCAUCGGCGAGGCGUACCUGGUCCGCAGCAACACGUGCGACCUGCUGGACGAGACGGGCUUCUUCGUCGCCUACGCGAAGCGCAACGGCGGCAUCUUCGUCGACUGCACGAUCCACGACAUCGACCUGGCGCUCUGGUUCAUGGACAACCCGGCGCCGAAGUCCUGCUUCGCCGUGGGCACGCUGAAGCACCACCCGGAGCUGGCCGAGAGCCAGGACGUGGACAACGGGGUCGGCGUGGUCGAGUUCCACGGCGGCAAGAUCGCCUACUUCCACGCCUCGCGCACCCAGUCCCACGGCCACGACGUCUGCACCGAGGUCAGCGGCACCCAGGGCAAGGUCAUGGUCAACGUCAUCCCCAGGGCCAACAACGUGGUCGUCGCGGACAAGACGGGCAUGAGGCACGAGGUCCAGCCCGAGUACUGGCAGCGGUUUGAGGAGGCGUUUGCCACCGAGGCCCAGGAGUUUGUCGCCUCCGUGCUCGAGGGCAAGGAGGUGCCCGUGCCAUUGGAGACCGGGUUCAUGGUCAUGAAGAUCGGGCGCGCGUUGCAGGAGAGCCUGCUGACGGGCAAGGUCGUGAGGUUCGAUGAGCAGGGCAAGAGGAUCGAGGAGUAAAUGGGCCUCAGAGAGGCAUUGACGAGUGAGAGGGCGUGGGAUGUAGAGUCGAGACGCCAGCGGUCCGCCUCGGCGUAACCAUGUGGAAGUUUCGCGCCUUCCUACAAGACAAGGAUGGGUUGGCGGGCGGUACAAGAGAAGGGAAACGCUGGAGGUGGUCACGGUGUAUAGAUCAGCGUUCUCUGUGUUCUCACCGUGAUUACAGGCGGCG